AUAGCAAAGAAACAGCCGAACUUCUUAUUUCACAUGGUGCAAAUAUCAAUGAAAAAGAUUAUGAUGGAAAAACCGCUCUUCAUUUUGCAGCAAUAUAUAAUAGUAAAGGAAUAG